AGGGUGGCCAGAUUAACAACAACGUGGGACCAGGUUCAAACAUGGGCCAGCAGCACCCUUAUCCUGCCCUCAGCCAGCUGGCUCAUGUCUACGAGCAACAGCAGCAGCAGCAGCAUCAGCAGCAGCAGCAGCAACAGCAGCAGCAAAACAAGGAUCUCAACAAGUACGCCUCUCUGAAGGCUGUAGCUGCCAAGUACAAUGGUGAACUCUACAACAAGCGUCGACUGAUGGUCGAGCUGCCAGCGAAAGGUGGCCUUCCUCUCCAGCCCAUGGGCAACUCCAGACCCUCCAUGGGCAACAUGUCGUCAAUGACUCCUCCGAUGACCACCAACCCAAUGGCUUCAAACCCUAUGACUUCCAAUCCCAUGAACCCAACCAUCACCCAGAUGACUUCAAUGACGCAAAUGACGCAAAUGACUCCAAUGACGUCUAUGACACCCAUGACCUCUUUGACACCUAUGACCUCGCUCACCCCGAUGACCUCCAUGACUCCUAUGACCUCCUUGGGUCCACUGACUCCAGAGCCGGUGGCCACCUACGUCACUGAGAUGCCCAGCAUCUCCUCUGUCUCGACCCUCCCAACAGAACGGCAUUUAGCCGGCAUAGGAGGAGGGGGACUCAAGCCAAAUGGCCAGAAACUCAAAAGCAGCCAUGGUCACGCUGCCCACAGCUCUCACACUCAUGUUCACAGCCACAGUAGCAAGCCGCUGGGGCAUGGGGGUACCACCCUGGCACACAUGGCGGGGACCAUGCCAGGUGGCACAUCCCUGGGCAUCUCCAGGGCCGCCGAGACCACCAUUGGCCACGGCUCAGCAACAAUGGGCCGCCCACUGGCGUACAGUUCCAACACAAUCGCGGCCGGGCAUGCAAUGGGGCUGGGGCUGAAGGGGUGGGACGGGACUGAGACGGUGGGCCGGAGAAAGACCUAUGGGCACAAGAGGCCUCAGUGUACCGUGCUGGAGCCGAACCAGCUCCACGGCAGCAGAGGCCACAGCCACAGCCAACACUUCCUUCCCACACAGCCCUACUUUGUGACCAACAGCAAGACAGAGGUGACUGUGUGA